AAAAUAAUAGGAAAUAAAAUUGCAGUGUUAUCUUAUCCUACCAGGAAUACAAGAUGUGCAAAGGAUAAAUAUCCUGUUGCUUGCCAGUGUUAGAGGGCACUCAUUAUGCCUUAAGUAAAGAUUAACCCAUUCAAGCCUGGGUUAAUGCUACGCUAUCCUGACACUCCAAAAUGAUCAGAAGUCCUCUGGAGGUACAUCUUCCUCAUAUGUGGAAUAAGCACUGCUGGUACAUGUUACCAUGGCGAUGACUGCAGGGACUACAACAUCCUUUCCCAUGAGUAACCACACCCGGGAGAGAGUGACGGUGGCCAAACUUACCCUGGAGAACUUCUACAGCAACCUAAUUAUACAGCAUGAAGAGAGAGAGACCAGGCAGAAGCAGCUAGAAGUGGCUAUGGAAGAGGAAGGCCUUGCAGAUGAGGAGAAAAAACUGCGUAGGUCACAACACGCUCGCAAAGAAACAGAAUUUCUGCGACUGAAGAGGACUAGACUUGGCUUGGAUGACUUUGAAUCUUUGAAAGUUAUAGGAAGAGGAGCAUUUGGGGAGGUACGCCUCGUUCAGAAAAAGGACACGGGUCAUAUUUACGCAAUGAAGAUACUAAGAAAAGCAGAUAUGCUGGAGAAAGAGCAGGUGGCCCAUAUUCGAGCAGAAAGAGAUAUUUUGGUUGAAGCAGAUGGAGCCUGGGUAGUGAAAAUGUUUUACAGCUUUCAGGAUAAAAGAAAUCUUUACCUAAUCAUGGAGUUCUUACCUGGAGGUGACAUGAUGACCUUACUAAUGAAGAAAGACACUUUAUCAGAAGAGGAGACACAGUUUUACAUUUCUGAAACUGUGCUGGCCAUAGAUGCUAUUCACCAGCUAGGAUUCAUCCACAGAGAUAUUAAACCAGAUAACCUUCUGCUGGAUGCCAAGGGUCAUGUAAAACUAUCUGAUUUUGGGCUAUGCACAGGUUUAAAGAAAGCUCACAGAACAGAGUUCUACAGGAACCUUACACACAACCCACCAAGUGACUUCUCAUUUCAGAAUAUGAACUCAAAGAGAAAAGCAGAAACAUGGAAGAAGAACAGGCGACAACUGGCAUAUUCUACUGUUGGAACGCCAGACUAUAUUGCACCAGAAGUAUUCAUGCAGACUGGGUACAACAAGCUGUGUGACUGGUGGUCUUUGGGAGUGAUUAUGUAUGAAAUGCUAAUAGGGUAUCCACCUUUCUGCUCAGAAACGCCACAAGAGACUUACAGGAAAGUUAUGAACUGGAAAGAAACAUUGGUAUUUCCUCCAGAGGUGCCCAUUUCAGAGAAAGCAAAGGAUUUAAUUUUAAGGUUUUGUAUUGACUCAGAAAAUAGAAUUGGUAGUAAUGGAGUAGAGGAAAUAAAAAGUCAUCCGUUUUUUGAAGGAGUGGACUGGGGACAUAUCAGGGAAAGACCAGCUGCAAUCCCUAUAGAAAUCAAAAGUAUUGAUGAUACUUCCAACUUUGAUGAAUUUCCUGAAUCUGAUAUUUUACAGCCAGUGCCAAACACAACGGAACCUGACUACAAAUCCAAAGACUGGGUUUUCCUCAAUUAUACCUACAAGAGGUUUGAAGGGCUCACGCAACGUGGCUCGAUCCCUUCCUACAUGAAAGCUGGGAAGUUGUGAAACAAAACACAAACAUACAAAAGAAAUAAUACAAACCUCAGGUAGCUGCAUCACCAGACCUGCUUGGCAUUAGCUAUCAAUACAUUGACUCUGGUGCGCAUCAAUUUCACAAGGAAGUUCUACAGGAUUAGGAUUUCUAAGACUGCUACAGGAAUUAGUUGGCAGUGCCAGCUGGCUUUUUUUUUUUUUUUUUAAAUAUUUGAAUAUUUUUGUUAACUUUAUUAUACAAAGGUACUGGAAUAAAAGGAAUGUACAUCCCUUUAACUGCACUGCCUAUGUGUGUAUAAUGGUUAAUUAUGCCUCUCUUUACUGUGGUUUUGUACUGUAAACCAUCUAAUCAACCCAGGAGUAAAGCAUACCAUUUUAUGCAGCGUUGUUGUUGUUAUACUGCUUACCUGGUGGGUUAUAGAUAUGCAGUAUAAGAAACCAUUGCCUGCAUUUGCAAAAUUCUCUGUGCAGUUGCCCAAGGGUGUUCCAGUUGUGGUCCGCAAAUACCCCAUGAUUGUGGCAACACAGAAUUGUUUUAAAUAGCAGUGUUCCAUGGGCCUACUUUUGUACCCUGCCUACGCUCGCUUCUUGCCACUGGAGGGUUUUAUCAGCUGAUCAUCUGUUCUCUUUCUUCCUUUUUCCACUUUUUUCACAGACAGUCCCUGUGAUCUGGUUAGUGGUAUUUCUGCUUUAAAUGAUAGUUGUUGAGUUUAAGAUGAUGAUGCCUGUUGGCAACUUCAGAAGAAAAGAGGAAUCUGAGUAAGAAAAAAUAAAGAUUUUUAAGGGACAGGAAACUUUCUGAUGCCAAGUUCUGAAGAGGUGAUAGAGUGUCCAGGACUGCAUUCCUAUGUCUGCUGUAAAGCAGCUCAUCUUUUUGCUACUCAUAAAUGAAAUUGCCUUUUCUGUCUGUGCAAAACAUAUUCUAGAAAAGUAAUCAAAUUGCUGCUUUUUCUUUUUUGUCCCCUAAGAAGUUCCAGGCAGAAGGGAUCCUGCUCUAGCCUUCUGUUUCCAGAAUACCCUGUAGCUAGAGGAAAUGGAUUGCCCAACUAGACUUAGACUUUCCUGUGGGCUCCAUGUUCUAGUAUCUCCAUCUAACAUGGGCCAUGGGAUUACAAAGGAUCAGCUGAGUCUGCAGCCGAGUUUCUAGGAGCCACAAAUAACCACGACUGAAUUGGGCAGAGCAUCCAAAGGCUCUCCCCAGUCUGCAGGAUGGUGACAAACUGACACCUGACAUGGGUCUCCUUCUCCUAGGUUGAGGAAAUUGAAGCUGAAAUCCCUCCAUAUGCAGUGUAUGAUACUGCUUCUCAGCCCAGCAGCAGUUCAGGACUGAAUUGCACUCCUUGAUCAGUUUCCACUUUUCUGGUUGCUGGCAAAUGUAUCUGUAUCUCUGCCUGUACUAGCAUAUUAUCUGCAGUAUUUUGAAUCUAUCAUAAUACAGUAGAGGUCUUUGGUGUAAUUUUCUGGUUACAAAAGAGAUACACAGCAGUGAACAAUUCCCCAGUAAUUGAACGAGCAGAGUCAUUGUUGCUGUCUUCCUCCUCUGAAUGCAAGUGAAAGGCACUCUAAAACCUUGGCAACACCCACUGGAGUGAAGCACAGUCUAUUUUGGCAUACUGGCUUUUGCAGCAAACUGGAAAUGGCUAUUUAUAAAGCUAUUACAGAAAUAUUUGUUGCUGUUACGUACCAUGGUAUAAGCUGUUCUGAAUUAUUUGUAUACUUAAAAACACACUGUGGUAUUCAUCUGCUGCAUAGAAGAUCAUUUACCAGCAGGAUUUAUGUGCAUCAGUGGCUUACUGAUCCAACAGCUACUAGGUUCCUCAAGGGCUUCAGUGAUAUCUUUCCUGCACUGUUUUGUCUCCCUUCAAGCGUCUAAUAUCUGCUAUUUAUACUGCAUUUCUACCAAAAUUUUUAAUCUUCAGCUCAUCAGAGGAGUAGCCAGUACUUCAGGACCCAUCCAAUUUAUAUAAUGUUAUAUCAGAACAUGGCUAAUAUAAACUUUUGCCUAAAUGCUGGACUUACAUGGGAACAGCUUCUUUAUGUCCAGGUUUUUCUUCUUAUACCUUACCCUAAUUAAUACCCCUUUACUGCCACUGGGGUAAGAUCUCUCAAAUUCUUCAGUGGUGUUCUUAGCCUUGUCAAUGCGGUGAAGCUCUACUUGUAUCCAUCCAAAGACUGUCCAAAACCAGUAAAUUGCUUAAAUCCACCUUUACACUUUCAGAUUUCAUUCUGCUAGUGCCCUAGCAGCUUGAGGCUUCUCACAAAAGGAAAUUCCUUUUCUAAAGCCUUCAAUCUGUUCUGUAAAGACAGAGGAGCUUAGGCAAAAACUAUCAGGUGCAAACUUGGCCUCAAAGGACACUGCUAUUCAAAAAAGUUUUUAUUAUUUUUAAUUUCCAAUCUCAUUCAUGGGGCACUAUGUGUACUAGAAGUGGAAUUCCUGCAAACGGCACACUGCAAAAGACCACAGUAACACUAUUUCAUAACAUAAAAAGAAGUCUUUGCUUGAACUUGCUAAGACAAGAUAAGUGUCAUGGAAACCACAAAUGAUCAGUAAUUCUGGUGACUUUCUUUUUUUUCCUGUGGGGUUUGAGGGUGGGGAGAUAAAUACACAAUUUAAAGCUAUUAAACAACUCUGUGCAUACACACUGGUUUACAAACUCGGGAAAAAGCUCAACCAUUGUAUUUGUAACACUAAUGAUAAUACUUAUUUAAAACUGGAUGAUUAAUCAUAUCAGUGCUCACGUAGGAGUUAUAUCUAUGGGGAAACAGCCUCCAGCAUAUUUAGCAUAAAUUCCUGUAUUGCAGUGGUUGAUUUUUUUUUUUUUUAAACAUAGCAUUAUUUUAAUCAGUAAGUCAGUUUAAACGAAAUAUUAACUGCUGCUUUUAGGAUGAUACAAUUUUUUUUAAAGGUGAAACUGUAACACUAAUGUAUUAAAGAGAACAGAAGGUUAAUCUACACUGACUUUCAAGAAGCAGAAGUGCAACAUAGGUUUUGUUUUGUUAGUCUUAUUCCUUUGGAUGGUUGUGUUUUUUCUUUGGCAGUGUUUGUCACUGUGCCAUGUAUUUUUCUUAUUCUCGGAGUACCAAAGAUCCUGAAAUGGCUUGAUGAUUGGAACCAUGUGAAAAUUUAUUUUCUAGAAGUAUGUUUGUUAACUUCUGUUAAAAUAUGGAAUUGUGUAUGCAAGUUGUUAUCAGAAAUUUGCUGGGAGGUUAACCUAUUCCAGCACAGAAAACUUGAGUGCAUCGAUGGAAGUGGUGAGCCUGAAUCAAAAUUUUGGAUCUGAAUACGCAGAAACUGGAGAGGAAGCUUGUAUUAGGAAACACAGCUGAGCUUUUGUACUUUCUUCCAUUUUCAGUCAGAGUGAGUGAGUGGCCUUAGGACAUCAGCAGAAGUUGUUUCAUGUGCAAAAGGAGUUUAAAAAAUUGCCAGCAUUCACAAAUCAAAUAUUGUUGAUACUGCAUUUGCACUGUUAAAUUUGCCUUGCUGGAGAGUUAUGUAAGUGUUAUUUUUAUAGGUCAACUAUUAAACACCUGAGCUGUUUAGCAUCUGAUGUUGGGUGAGUUAACCUAAGUGCAAAGGGGCUUGCUGAAAGCUCUCCACACUACUAAAUAGGUAUAAGCAGUAUAAAGGGUGUUGUGUCGGCUCCUUCUAAAGAGGUGACUUUCCUCCUCUGCAAACAGCAAGUAGGGAAUACUGCAGUUUAGCCCAGUUAUACUCAAAUGCUUAGGAAGUGCUCUCACUUUUUCAGUAAUAUGAGCAAUUGCAAGCAUUGUAACGUACUGUACCUUGUCCUUUUAAUGUUGACAUAUUACAGCUGCUUGUUCUUGGAGUCAAAAUGGCAACUGCUAUAUUUUUCCUAGACUGUUUCAUUAGUUGUGAUUGGGAAACUUACAUAGAAGCAUUAUAAAAAUUUAUAAGAGGCUUUUUACAGCAUUUGAAAAUAAAAGUAGCAUUCUUUUUGUAAA